AAUGCUCAGCAGAUGCCUUUACUAUAAUUGUAACAAGCUUUUCAGAAAGUAGCAUGUUUACAGAGUUGUCUCCCUUCAGAGUUUGAAGUCCACAUUCUGAGUUAGCUUGGGUUGCAUUGGUGACUGCUGACUGGGGAAUCUUUGAAGUUGCUAACUGAGGACCUUGGCACUCAAUCUUGAUAAAAUGGCUGUUGUGGCUGGAGUAUUCAGUGUGUGCAUGUUUGUCAUGUACUUGUGCAGCAUCACCUACAAUAUUUUCACAAUUACUGAUGGUACUCCCAACUCUACAGUGUUCACCUUCAGGGGAUAUGGUGGAAAAUUCAAAUAUUUAACAUUUUUAAAUUUUUUGCUGCAGACCUUCUACUAUGGCCUGUGUGCUGUCACUGCCAUCGUGGGGAGUACCGGAGGACCAAUCAGGGAUCCCCGGAAACGCUCAGCUCUCCAGAAGUUCCGAGACUUCCUCCACAACACUCUCGCCUUCCCAGUUGGAACUUUUGUGGUUGUAACAUUUUGGGCAAUCUAUGCCGUGGACAGAGAGCUUGUGUUUCCCAAGGCUCUUGACCAGUUUAUACCUCCCUGGUUGAAUCAUGUCAUGCACACCUUCAUCCUGCCCAUCCUGUUGCUGGAUAAAUACCUUAACUAUCACCAUCUACCGAAGAGAAGGAAUGGCAUUUUGGGCCUUCUUUUAUUUGGUGUUAUAUAUCUCAUAUGGAUCCUAUGGAUAGCCUACCAUGCCAACGUGUGGGUGUACCCGAUACUGAAGGUCCUGGAGACCCAUCAGAGGAUCAUCUUCUUCGGCUUCCUCCUCAUGCUCUUCGUUAGUUUAUACCUGCUUGGAGAGGGCCUCACCAGGUUCCUAUGGCGGAAAGAACUAGGAGCAAAUUUAGCAGCGAGGAACACAAAGUCGAGCAAGUCAAAUAAGAAGAAGAAUCGUUGACAAUAUUUGUAAUUAGAAUUUCAUUAUUGUCAUCCUGAUCAUCUAGUAGCAUUCACAUGGAAAUUCAUCAUAAUGUGUGUGAUGUUACUACAUAAUUUAGUCUGUUAGGAUUGAUUUCUUUGAUUCUGAACUUUCGGAAACUAAACUCAGAUAUAUGAUUAGUAUUUUAUGUACACUUUUAGGCCUAUUUCUUAUAGGUAGUUAACAGAAAUAUUACAUUUUAAUUUGAAGUUUACACGAUAUACAGCUUUUCCACAGGAAGAGAGGCCGGUCAGAUGAUGUUCAUAAGUGUAUAAACGACACAAUUUUAUGUUCAUACGUUUUUCACGAGACUGACGGACUACUUCCACAUUCCAGGGGAAACCUCUGGGAAUUCCCUUGCACGAAUACAUACAAAAGUGUUAUUUCUGAUCAUAUAGGCCCUUUAAUCUUGAACUCAGCGUUUUAGCAUACAUUGAGAAACAGCAGAGACUUUGCCUGCAUGAUUGUUCACAAAUAUCCUUGCUACGACCUACCCUAGUGAACAAAACUUGGAAAUGCACACCCGCUAUCGUAGUAUCGACUUGAACUGUGUCUAGACUGACAGUGACAUUCUGCAGCAAUCUAUGAAUUUACCUUAGUAUCUAUUUAACACAUCUCCACAAUCACCUUUCAAUGAUUUACUGAUCAGUGAUGACUAACACAUAUUAAUUGCCACAGGUUCAUUAACAACUUCAGGAAAUUUCUUCCGUCAUGUUUAUCAUGUAGGCCAUUUGGACGUCUUGUAAUUGAUGUAAAUGUAUUACGACGGGCUGUCAUUGUGACUGACUUACUGACGUAAUAUCAAUGAUGAUAUUAUUUGAAUACAUUUCUUGUAAACAGAUAGAUAAACAUACCUCUUGCUUUGGGGAACUAUUUUAUUUCGCAAUACAGCUAGUUGUUGUAUGGCUGUCAGUGUAAACAUGAAGUCACACAUAUUGAUCUAGCACUACACCCUCAAGGUAUAAAUCAGUGAUAUAUUUUUUUUUUGAGAAUUGACUUUUACUUUGUGUGAGUUCAUUGGAGUGUGAACCUUCAUAGAGUUACGGCCAAACAUUGUAUGAAUGUCAUAUUUCUCAAGACAGCUCUUGGUUGUAGGUGUUUUAUUUUUAAUUUAGAUCUUUCAAUUUUUGUAUUUCUUUUUGAAAGUAGGGUCAGUUUGAUGAGACAAAAUACAUUCAAGUUAUCUAUGUUUUUUGUUUUGUUUUUUUACCUGAAAUGUGACUGGAGUGUUAAACAUUUUCAGAUAUUUUGUCUGAUUACCAGUCUCAUCUGUACUAAGAAGUUACACGCUUGAACUAUUUUUUCUUCCACAUUCCUGAAUAUUAGGAUGGGAGUAUAAUCCAAGUUACUGGUAUAAGUAAUAGGAUGCCUUUAACAUACCCCUGUAAUGUGUUUUCGUGAAUUUGUUUUCUCAACUACAUAAAUAGUCCAGGAAGUGUUCUUGUGACAUUGAAGGUCAAGGUCACUCGAUGUGAUUAAUAUGUCCCAGAAUGCUUGAGUGUACACAUUAUCUUGAGCAUUCAUGAUUGGAAUUUUAUGAAACAUUAGAAACAUGAUCCCAGGCAGUACAUGACUGAGAUGGAAAGUCAAGGUCAUUGAACUGGAAGUACUGCUAAUAAAGCAGUCUUUUCUAUUUCAAAUUGUAUUGCAUUGGGAAAGUCUUUUCCCCAAACCGAAAGUACUUGUAACUUUGUCAUUAUGGUAGGUAGAGAUGUGGUUGUGCAGGUCAAGUGAUGUGGUGAAGUCAAAAUGGUUCAUGAUACAUGUUUAUGAUGGUAAGGUUUUAGGACAUUGAUGGGGCACGGAUGGCCCAGUUGUCUAAGGCGCCGCGAUUUGCUGUGCAGAGUUGCGUCCCUUGGGCACGCCAGAAACCUCUGAUUGUGGGUUCAAAUCCCAGUUCGCCCCGAUUAUGUUUCUAGGUUUGUCAGCACCAUACCUGUGCUCGUGGGUUUCCCCACAGUGGUAAACGUCUGAGACCUGCUUCACUUCCCGCUUUCCUUCCACAUUAAGCUGACACGCCGUGAUAUAACUGGAAAACUGUUAAAAGCGGCGUUAAACCAAACUCACUCACUCACUUUGGGACAUUCAGGAAAUGGUGGUGAUAGAGCUGCUUCUGUUUUUGCGUAUUUGAUGAUGGAUCAUGCCUUGGUCACUGAGUAUCCAUGACGACAUUCUGCCAACUGUGGGUGUUCAGUGCUGGUUACUCGUAAUGGCGAUGCUGUGCCAGUAUCUAUGCAGAGUACUGAUUUUGACAUGCUUUCAUGUUAAUGAAAAUGAUGUCAUUUAUGGUUAUAUAUUAGAGCUUCGGUUUGAUUUGAAUACCAAUAAUACAAAUUGGCCUGGCUUUAGGAAAUAUUGCAUUCAACAGCAUCAAGCUCCAUACUGUUUGAAAUUGCUUUAUGAAAAUUCCUUUGGGGGGAGGGGGGCUUAUGGAUGAAUGAAUGAAUGAUAGGAAAUAACUGUUUUUACAAAUGAUACAAAGUGUGUGUUUGUCUUUUGGUUUAUCAUAAGAUGUGUUGUAUGCAUGGAGUCUAUUAAUGAAAACCAUGAAGUGUUAAGAUGCCAGGAAUUCAGGUGUUUAUGACAUGCUUUUCGCUACUAUAUUGAGAGGAAACAUGUUUAUGGCUGCAUUUGAUCUGUAGGCAGACGCUAAAGUUUGUGCAUGCAACACAACCAAGUGAUACCACACAUUACCAGGCUUGAGUAGUCCAACACACAAAAUCAUGUCAACUUAGGUGUCUUGCACUCAUCAUGUGGGUGCAGCCGAUUUGCAACAUCUUUUAUGGCAUUUAAACAAUAUUUCAGCGUUUGGAACACAGACUUAAUUUGGUUGAUUUUGGUGUGGAGUUGAUGGAUGCCUCGCCUGAAAGUUUUCUUGUAUCAAUAUGGGCAAAAAUACAGGAAUCUGUGGAUUGACAAAGGGAUGUUUGACACAAAGAGUGAUGAGCAUUUAACUUCCAUAUUUUAAGCCUUAUGUCCUAUACAUUUUGAAUUACUUCUACAAUAGCUGGUUUACAUAUAGGACAAACCAAAGAUAUAUAGCUAAGUGAGCAAGGUGAUUAUCAUGUAUUUAGACCAUAAUAAUGUAUUUUAAAUGACCAGCUCUUCUAGGACGGUUUCCAUGUGUUACCAUAUUUAAACCAAUAGCAUAUUAAGCGCCAAAACUGUUUUAACAGAAUAUGUAACAUUUGAUAUAGAUGUAAAAAGGUUAUGUACUGUUCAGUUUGUUCUAAGCAGGUUUCAUUGGCGUGACAGUGAGAUGUAACUGUACACGUCCCAUUGUCGGUAUACAAGAUCAUCUAUUGAGGACAUGCUUCACAUUCUCAACUUAACACGUUACAUCAGAGCCGUUAUGAACACUAUAAACAUGAGUACAGUGGAAUAGUGGAAUAAUCAAAUCAGUUCCUUGAGAAAAUGUAGUUUUUGACUUAUGUGAGGAAAGUCUUGGAUCAAAGAAGGAUGUGGUUUAAUAUUUUCUUUGAGAAAUGUUCCCGAGUAUAGUGCACUGUUUCUGGUGAUCCUACAUGUCUACAAUGUGUUGCACAUCUCACUGGUGGGAGGUGAACCCAACUAGGGAAUGGUUUUGUUUUCAUAUACCAGCCCACAGAAAUGGGCAUGUUUCACAAAGUAUUUUAUUUUUGAAAUAAAGCCAAAUAUACAAUGGUGGUUACCCAAAGAAAUUGUCCCUCGUCUGGCAUGGCUCUUCUUUUGAGUGAACACUUUUGUCCAUUUGUUUGUUUUUGCAUUCAUGUCACAUUGCACUCAAGAGUCUCCAGGUCAGUAUUUCCAGAUGUUGAUAGCUUUCUCCAGUGUUCAGCAUAUUAGUCAUGACACAGUAUUUAUUCCUUGUUCUUCCUUUUUCUCAAUAAAUGUACGUAACUAUUAACAGAUUGGGGAAGAUGACAAGUUUACAUAUUUGUAACAUUAACAAUAAACGAGAGUGAGGGCAGCAAUUUAAAACAAUGUGAAGGUGACCAUCAGUCAAAGGUCAGGAGGGGGAGGUAACUCACACUUUACCAUUAAUUUGUGUGCUACAAAGCAUCAGAAGCAUUCAGAGCCUAGGUCCUCAAAGCUACUUUAGCACUUAAGUCUAUGUUAACGAGUUUUAGCACCAAGACAUUGUUUAAGUAUAAAAACCAUAGCACUAAGAUGACUUCGAGGAACAAGUCUGUUCGGGUCUAAAUACAUAUUUUGCAUAUAUCGGUCUUCCAGUUCUACUGUGAUGAUGAAUUCCGGCAUGAAGAGACACACUUUUAAGGUGUUUACAAGUGGAGUCUCCUUGUACCAAACUAAGUUUGCUGUGACUGCUGUAAAUCCUGGAAUCUGGCAAACUGUUUCAGUUGGUGCAUGUCCAAGGCCCUUUUAGUGGGUUCUGUCAAAUGCCAGGUGCGUUGAAAUGAAAGUAUUUAUUGCCAGAGUUUGUCACAUUCCAGUUUUGUAUUUUUGUUGCAUGAGAUGAGAUCUAUGUUGUGUUUUGUGUGAGCCUUCUAUAUCAUGUUAUGCAGGAAUAUUUGUAUCUCCUUUCACAUUUGUUUUCUGUUGCUUUGAAAAAUGAAGAAAAUAAAUGGUAUACAUAA